AUGACAUGAAGCCAGUUGAUAUGAAAGAAAACAUUCGGAAUACUGACUUUCGUGAAAAAUUAAAAGCAUAUUUAGAAGACAUUAUCAAAGAAGAUUUAGACCAAUUUAAAGACGAAUAUGUAUUUGAGAAUUUCGACGUGGCAAAUACAUGGAGCAUUCCAUCGCGAUUAACACGAGAUAAUAUAUAUGCGGCCAUAAGUACCAUGGAUUUAUCAGGCUUUAAGCAAAAUAUAUAUGAAUCUGGUAUUCUAUCAACAUCGAUGAAAGAAUUAUCUUCUUCAUCAAUUUUUCAUGCUUCUCCAUCGGCAAAUAUAUUGUUACAAACACCAACGCAUGAUCGAUUAAAAUCUGUUACGAAUGCUUCACAUAAUGUAUCGAAAUUAAUUCCAGCUUGGUUGCCUACUCCUAAUCCAUCAUCGCUUAAUUUUGCAGCACAAUUUCGUGCAGAUGUGGUGCAACUCGUUGAAGCAAACAACAUUCACAAACACAGCGAUACCUGUCUCGAUAAUCGAUCCUGA